AUGAGUUAUGAAUAUUAAAAUUUUAGAAUAAUAAUUUAGAAAAUGUAUAAUUUUAAUAAUUGAAUACAAAUUUUUAAUCGACCCUAAACAGUGAAAAAAAUUAAUAAAAUUUAAUUUGUUUAAGUGUGAGUUAGCAGAUUUUUCGAAUUCAUUAGGUGUGACUUUAACAAUUUAACCACCUAAUGUUUUUCUUAUAUCGUGUACGCUCGUUAAUUAUUGUAGAAAGUUAAUUAUUCUAUCAACCAAAAUGUUUGGAAGCUCACAAGAAAAAGAACAUAGAACACCUCGGUACGCAGGAGGUCCUCAUGGAUUGGGAGAUCCAGAUGAUUAUAAUUUACGGAAAAUUGAAGAAAAUGUUCUGAUUCCUAAAGUAGUUCGUGAACGAGCCAAAUAUGAAAAAUGUGCUGAAUUGAAUAAAGCAUUUGGAGACUGUUGUUUAAAUACUGGAUUUUUUGCAUUUUACAAAUGCAAAGUACAAGUCAGAGAACUUAAUGAAUGUAUGGCGAAAUGGUUUACAGAUGAAACAUUUAUAAAGGAAUGUAGAGAUAAUUAUUUAAAAGAAAGAAAAGAGUAUAGAUUGACUGGAAUAAGAAAGUCUGAACAGAAAAUAAAAAGUUAGUUAUAAGAUAACCAUAGAAAUGUAGUAUUUUUAUUUGUAUAUCUAAUAAAUUAUUAUAUAAAUUUUAACAUAAUUAAUCUUGAUACAUUAUAUAUUUUUUCUAUUUUGAGCUGGUA